AUGAUUGGGGAGGAGCCUAGACCGAGUGACCCCACGCUGCAGGAAGAUUGGGACGAGCGCUCUUCGGCUGGCUACUAUUUGAUGUCGCAGAGUUUGGAGCUGAACCAGCGUCACCACGUCAUGCACCUGCUGCAGGAGGUUGAGUGCGGUCCGAAGGCGUGGACCGUGUUGAAGGAGCUGCACGCCCCGACCUCCGUUGUCGCAACGUUGAUGCUGGAGAGGGAGCUGUCCGCGUUGCGCCUGAGCGAGGGAGAGCCGGUGCAACCAGUCCUGGACAAGAUGCGCGACCUCUACGCGAAGUUGGCGACCGCGGGAAUCACCUACCUGGAGCAGACCAAGUGCUUGAAGAUGCUCUCGCUGCUGCCAGAAUCGUGGCUUCAAUUUACGAGCGGAUUGAGCCUGCCGCAGAACCAGAGCUUGUGGACGCUCGAGUGGGUGCGGACGAAGAUUCUGGAGGAGGACUUCCGUCGCCGCCAACUGAGGGGUGGAGACGACGGCAGCAGCGGCUACGGGAUGCAAGGGAGCCGACGUGGCAGAGGACGUGGCUUCGGUGGUGCUGGACGCGGUGCAAAGAAAGACGACGACUCCAACGACCAACAAGGAGGUACCGGUUGGGGUCGCGGUGCGAAAUCUGGACGUGGGGGCAAGUCGGGUGCUGGUGGCAAAAUGAAAGGGAGUUGCUGGUAUUGUGAGAAGGAAGGGCACCCUUGGUUUUUGUGCUAUAAGAAACCCGAUGGAUGGACCCCCAGAAUCGUCACCAGGAUGGCCGGCGGCGGAGGAAACCAGAAAAACGGCGCCAACAUGGUCGCUGAUUCGUCCGACAACAACCCGAAGGGCAACGGCGGUGCGGAGAAGAAGAAGGAGCGCACCGCGGGCCAUUCUUCAUGUGGGAGACAAGGGGAGCAAGGAGACGCCUCUGCCAAAGUUGGAGCAGAGCUGCACCCCCUAGACUAUUGGGUGUUGGACACAGGCGCUGCUUGGACGAUGACGCCGCGCAAGGACCUGCUGGACGAAGUACGAGCUGCACCGAUCAAUGAAGUGUGCUCCGCCUCUGGACACAUGUUGAAGGUGGCUGGUGCGGGACGAGCUGCGUUUAAGGGAGCGGAUGGCAAGCCGGUGGUGCUGCACGACGUUCUCUUCGUCCCCGACCUGAAGGCCAACCUUAUCUCCCUCCGUAAGCUUGGCAAGGCUGGGGUGAACACCAACACGGAUGGGGCACGCACUUAUAAGGGGAAGCUGGGCAAUCGGGUGCUUUGGGAUCUGCACGAGAGCAAGGACGUGUACAGAUCUAUGUGGCAGCUGCCGGCCCUGGCGUGGCAUGGUGGGGGGCAGGCUGGAGAGGGGUCUGCAUCCCAGGGGGAGUGCAAUGCCGUUGGAGGGGUUGGUGUGAAAGUGUCGGCCAGAUCUGGGGAGACAGAUUGGGCAACGGCACACCGGCGCUUAGGGCAUGUGGCAAUGCCUUUGCUGAAGCAGCUGGAGAAGGAUGGAGCCGUUAAGGGUCUGAAGCUGAACGGACAGCCACCCGAUGACAACUGUGAAAUCUGUUUGCUUUCAAAGUUCACCCGUUUCCCUUUCCAUAGUGUGGCUGGCAGGAGCAAGAAGCCUUUGGAGCUGGUCCACAUGGACUUGGUGGGGCCGCUGCCGAAGGACCACGCCGCCUCCACGAUACGGGACGAUUGGCUGCCAUUCGUGGAGAAGCAGGCGGAGUGUGUAGUAAAGCGGAUUAGGACAGACCGGGGUGGUGAGUUCCUUGGAGCUGAAAUGACGGCCUGGCUCAAGAAGCAGGGCAUCCAGAGAGAGCUGACCACGGCUUAUACCCCACAGUCCAAUGGUGUAGCAGAACGGGCAAACCGGACCAUUCUGGAGACAGCUAGGGCGCUGCUCAUAGAAUCUGGGCUGAGCAAUUCUAUGUGGCCUCAUGCUGUCCGGCACGCCACUGUCGCUAGGAACAGGGUGCUCACCAAGGUUGGGGAUGACUCGUGGGUGCCGUUGGAGAGGUGGCUUGGGAGGAAGCCGCCGGUGGACAUGCUGAGGGUGUUCGGUUGCAUGGCAGUCGCCCACGUCCCUAAGACCUACCGCAGUAAGUUGGGGGCGAGUGCAAUCUGGUGUGUGCAUUUGGGGCUGGCUGCUGAGAGCAAGGGAUGGCUGCUGUGGGAACCAUCCAAGGGUGUGUUGUUUGACAGCAGGGAUGUGAAAUUCAUUGAGGGCAUGAUGUAUGGGAGCUGGGAGAAACAGCCGGAGGCAAGGGUGUCCCAGCAGAUGGAGCAGAUCACCAUGCAGCUGGACCUGACUCCUAGUGUGUGGGAGGAGGGAGAGGAGGCAGCUGCUGGAAAUGGUGAUGGAGAGAAGGUACAGGAGGCAUCUGCUGGUGGAGAAAAUGGUGUGGAAACUGGCGGCAGCACUAGUGGAGCUGCUGGACCCGAGGGAGGAGAGAAGCAGCAGGGAAAAACUAAGAAGCCGAAGGGUGUCGUUAUGAAGGGAUGGGAGACACCCGUCUCCAGGCCAGGACGUACCCGUAUGGCUACUAAGAAGCUGACUGCAGGAACUGAUGCAGCAGAGCAGCAGCUAGGGACCGAAGAGGCAUUGCUGAUUCUACCUCAUGGCUAUGACCCGGAUGAGGAGGAUGAGCCUGCGUACUGUUUUCUUGCCCCUGCACCAGAGGAACCAGCUAGCAUGGAGGAGGCAUUAGCUGGACCAGAUAGGGACAAGUGGCUGGCUUCUAGGGAUGCUGAGUACCAGAGUCUGCUGGAGAAUAGGACAUGGGAUCUGGUGGUGCUGCCUGAUGGAAAGAAAGCGAUACAAUGCAAGUGGGUGCUGAGGAUCAAGACCGAUGACAAGGGGCAGGUCACCAUCUACAAGAGUAGGCUGGUGGCGAAGGGGUUUAUGCAGAAGGAGAAGCAGGACUUCAACGAGAUCUUUGCUCCCACUGCCAAACCCCCUACCCUCCGUGUCUUGUUGGCAGAUGCAGCUGUUAGUGGGAAAUUCAUCAUUCAGAUGGAUAUUUCAACGGCAUUCCUGAAUGGGAUUUUAGAGGAGGAUGUGUACAUGACGCAGCCGCCUGGAUAUGAGGAUGGUACGGGCAGGGUGUGCAAGCUCAACAAGUCCAUCUACGGCUUGAAGCAGGCGCCACGCUGCUGGUACCAGAAGUUGGCAGCUGUUUUAGAGGAGAUGGGAUUCAGGACCAGCAGCUGUGAUGAGAGCCUCUUUCUCAAGGGCGAGGGGGAGAAGCUGGUGCUGUUUCUGGUCUAUGUGGACGACAUUCUUCUCUUCAGCAGCAGCAUGAAGGAGAUCCAGAAAGUGCAGCAGCAACUGAUGGAAAACUUCAAGUGCAAGAACCUUGGGGAGGUAAAGUACUACCUCGGGAUGCACGUGGAGAGGGAUCCAGAUCACAGGUGGUUGAAGCUGCACCAGGAGAAGUUCAUCAAGGAGCUGGGGGAGAAGUAUGGGAUUGAGAAUGAGCGCAAGGUUGCAACUCCCCUGCCAGCAGAAUUCAAGCUUGUGAAGGCUGCAGAGGAUGAAGGGGUUGAAGCUGAAGAGCAGCAGCAAUUUCAGUCCUUGGUGGGCAGCCUCUUGUACGCAGCAGUUCACACGAGGCCCGACAUCUCUUUCUCGGUUGGGCAGCUGGCUAGGGUGGUGCAGAAUCCAUCAGAGGAGCAGGUGGAUGCAGCUGAGCGUGUGGUCAAGUACCUGAACUCUCACCCAAGCAUUGGAGUUCAAUACUCCGCAUCUGCACAGGUGAAGCAGAAAGGGGUGGAGGUGCUGAAAGAGAAGGGGGAGAGGCUUGGAGAAGGCAAGCUAUUUCUCACUUGCUUUACCGAUGCUACAUGGGCUUCUGAGAAGGAGGAUUCCUCAUCUGUGGGAGGAUACAUCUGCGUAGUUGGGGGAGGACCUGUUAGUUGGAGGUCCAAGAAGCAGACGGAGACGGCACUCUCUUCCGUAGAAUCAGAGUACAUGGCGAUGUUCCAUGGGGUGAAGGAGGUGAUUUGGCUGAGGAGGCUGUUAGAGGAGAUUGGCCAGGAGCAGAAAGUUGCUACGCCGCUGUUUUGUGAUAGCAAGGGGGCUCUUGGGAUGGCCAGGAACGCUGUGCUUCAUGGGCCUGUACAAGCACAUGCGUAUCAAGUGGCACUGGCUGUGUAA